AUGUUGUGCACAUGGCGUGCUCUCUGCGCGACAUUCGUUCUUUGGAUAGCCACUUGCAAUGCUACUUUGCUGGCACCACGAGAGGAUCCAUGGCCCAAUGGGCCGUUCACGACCAAUGAGCAAUAUGUUGUAGAUGCCUCUGGCAUGUCUUUUACAUACGCGGGUGUAAAUUGGCCAGGGCACUUGGAUGCCAUGGUUCCUGAAGGGCUUCAAUACCGCUCGAUAUCUGAUAUCAUGGCCCUGUUGAAAAGCAUAGGCAUCAACUCUAUUCGGUUGACAUAUGCAAUUGAAAUGAUUGAUCAAAUUGAGGAUAAUGCUGGUCACGAUAUCCCUCUUCAAGCGGCUUUCGUUGAUGCGUUGGGCCAGGAGAACGGAACCGCGAUCUUUGAAAAGGUGCUUUCUCUUAACCCCUCCUUUUCGAACGACACGACUAGAUUGGAAGUCUUUGACGCGAUUGCGGCCGAGGCACAGCAAAAUGAAAUUUACAUCCACCUCGAUAACCAUCUUUCCAAGGCCGGCUGGUGUUGCACCUACUUUGAUCACAAUGGGUGGUGGGGAGACUCUGACUUUCCCGUCGCCAACUGGACGCGAGGCCUCUCAUACAUGGCAGAUCAUGCAUCGGCUUGGCCCAACUUCAUUUCCAUGUCCCUCAGAAAUGAGCUGCGCCCGCCGUUUGGAAAUUCCACGCUGUACGCCGAGUCCUACAAUUGGCAGGACUGGUACAAGUAUGUGAAACAGGGCGUAGAAGCGAUCAACACGGCCAACGCAGACAUCCUCAUCUUUUUGUCGGGAUUAAAUUCGGAUACCACACUUGAGUCCGUUACGAAUGAGACGGCUCUCCGUCCGGGAUCUGGAAAAUUCGAGCUUGAUGAGUCCACGGCCAACAAAAUUGUUCUAGAACUACACAAUUACGAUAAUAUCAACAAGGGACCCGGACUCGAAAACUGUACUGCGCUGAAUGAAGAACUUCUUACAGACGGCUUUCGAGCCUUGCAAAGCGAUGCGCCAAACCCAUUCCCUGUAGUCAUGACAGAGUUUGGAUUUGUGCAGGAUGACUCAACCUGGCAAGGCACAUUUGCUUCGUGUAUCGAGCAAUUCCUAGCCGAUCAGCAAGCUGGGUGGAUGAUUUGGUCUUUGGGUGGAAGCUACUAUAUACGCGAAGGUGUCCAAGAUUACGAUGAAUCUUGGGGUCUGCUUUCUCACGAUUGGUCCAGCUGGCGAUCCCCAGGUCACAUCAAUGGGAGUUUCGCUGCUCUUGUAGAUGCAACACUGGCAUCUAAUGGCAUCCAAAGAGGUCUCAGCAACAAUAAUGGCAGCAGUUCUUCGAGCAAUGAAACUUCCGAGAACGCGGGUAAUGUAAAGUUGCACUCCAGCUUUAACCUCUGGAGUGUGAUUGGGCUCGGCGCAAUUACCACUUUGGUGCUUUGGUCAUAUUAG